UGUAGCUGGAAGCCUGGAACUACACUAGUAUCUAGCGCGAUUGCACGCUCCGUCCGCAAAUAGUUCCAUUUCCCUUCAUCCCAAGAGGCCUCAGUUGCUUUUGCCCUCGCCGCCAUUGCCGACAUCCCAGCUUGCUCUCCUACCAAAUUCAAGUUCAGCCACUCUCAUCCGUCCUAACCUUCCCUGAUGAUACUGCGGGCAUCGAUGGCGAGAAAUCAGACUGGCGGCGAGGCGAUGCUGGAUACUAAGGACUUCACAUGGCGAAUCCCUAAUUUCUCGAAGCUGAAAGAUGAGAUCUAUUCCGAUGCAUUCUUCGCCGGCGGUUCCAGAUGGAGAGUGCUCUGCUUUCCAAAGGGAAAUGAAGUUGAUUUCCUUUCCCUGUAUCUGGAUUUUGCCGAUGGGGAAACGAUGCCUGCUGGAUGGAGUAAGUACGUAGAGUUCAGCAUUACUAUUGUCAACCAAAUCAGUGGCCGCCUCUCCAGAAAGUUCUGUUCCACACAUGUUUUCAAGGAACAAGAGGAGGAUUGGGGAUUCACAUCUUUCAUUGGUCUCGACGAGCUUCACAGUCUUAGUAAAGGGUUCCUUGUGGAUGAUGCCCUAGUGAUUAAAGCUCGAGUCACCACGGAACAAGAGUUAUCGAUAUCUGCAGGUGAUCCAGAAGUUAUUGAGCCUGAGUCGGAGACUGAAUCUAGAGGUGUCCCAUCUACGCCACCAUUAUCCAGCAACAAGGUUGCUCGAACCAACACCAUCACAAGUCCAUGCUCCUCAUCAGUAAAGUUAACUUCAAGGAACCUGAUAGCAGAACUUUCAACUAUGGCUAGUUGUGGGGAAUUGACUACUUCAGUUGAUGGAAUACCUGGUUCAAAUGCAGACGACCGUUGGUCUGGUUUAGUCCAGCAACAAAGACAAAUACUGAACAAAUUCUUUGGGAUGUCACUCGAGGCCAUCAGCGAGGCCAAUUCCUUUGACCAUAUACAGCAAGCCGUCCUGAAAUUUGCCGAGCACGCUACUGAUCCAUUCGAGAAGACGGUGCUUAAGGACUUAGUAUCACGCCUAGUAGAGUUUAGGGACAGCAUCCCACGGUCUCUGACCAUUGUUGAAACUUCAAGCGAUGUUGAAAAGUCCACUGUGCAGGCAACAAAGGAUCUGGAGGGAAGGCUAGUUCAGAGGCAGAAACAAUUGAAGUUCCUUGAGUCGGAAGUUUCGAGGAUUGAGGAGGAGGAGAUGAAGGUGGAGGCAGAAAUCCAGCGGUUGCGGGCUCUCAGAGUGAAACUUGUUAAUGAGAAGAAUUUGACAGUAGGUGAAAUGGAGGUGGCCAACAGAGAGGCUUCCAAGGAACUGGGGGAACUGAAGGGGAAACAGUUAGAGCGAAAGCAAGCUAGGGAGAACAAGCUGAGAGCUAAGGAGAGGCUAGCUCGGUCUAAUGCUAGCUGGAAGCUUUUCAAGGAGAACCUGGGACUGUAAAGGGAGAACAGACUCUUGUAGGAUGAAUGGUAGCAGAUAAACUAGUUGGAUGACAUUAUGUUCAAAGUCAAUCCUCUAGUUGAAUGGUAGCAGACCUGCUCCGCCAUAGCCAGAGUAUUGAAGCAAGCCGAGUGCUCGAAGGCGACAUGGCUCCAUUUAGUAGCCUUCCACUUAGGAAGAAAAUGGGCAGAUUUGGAAAUUUGAUGGCUACUAAUGUUUACAAAAUGAUUUCAACAGUGGAUAAGAGGGUGAAGUUUCUAUAAGAGAAUUUCAAAAGCAGAUGGGUUUGGAAUUAGGAAGAGUAAUGCUCGACCGAAUAAAAUAAAGCAAUAGUGUCCCGCAAGUGGGUGCGUUCAGGUGCAGUGCAGGUUUCAUAAUGAAAACAACUACAAACAGGACAAGGGUAGUAACGAGGUUUGGUUGUGAAGCUUAUAUGUUUAUCUAUUUGAAGAAGA